GCUGGGGCUCCUUUCGCUCCCCUUUCCCCCUAACAGUGAUGGAAGGAGGGGGGCGUGCGUGGGAGACAGAGAGGCUGUGCGCCAGCCUCCUCCCACGACCCCCUCCCCAUUAGGUCGCCCUGGGGCUUUUGUGACCCGCUUUGCAGACGACCUCUCUCUUACUGGACUGGAGCAGAGGCAGACCCACCCCCUCCCAUGGAGAGAUUUGCCUCCCUCUUUGCGUGGUCUUCUUCUUUCUUCCCCUCCACCUACCCCACACCCCUGUUGUGAGUUCCCUUUCCCCUGUUUGUGCUGAAACCUUGCCAUCGUCGACCAGGCGAAAUGCUCUGCUGCUCUAUCUCUCCUGAGCGUCACCAGUUUGCAGAUCCCUAGUGCGGAAAGUAGAGAUUUUGAAUCAUGCCGUUAGUCAAAAGGAACAUUGAACCUCGGCACCUUUGCCGAGGAGCUCUGCCUGAGGGAAUUACUAGUGAAUUAGAAUGUGUGACCAAUAGUACUCUUGCUGCUAUUAUACGCCAGCUGAGCAGCCUAAGCAAGCAUGCUGAAGACAUAUUUGGUGAGCUGUUUAAUGAGGCCAACAACUUCUACAUACGAGCAAAUUCCCUUCAAGACAGAAUUGACCGGCUUGCUGUCAAAGUUACCCAGCUGGAUUCAACUGUGGAAGAAGUGUCACUACAGGAUAUCAACAUGAAAAAAGCAUUCAAAAGUUCCACAGUACAGGACCAGCAGGUUGUUUCCAAGAGCAGCAUUCCCAACCCUGUGGCUGAUAUUUAUAAUCGGAGUGACAAGCCACCUCCAUUGAAUAUUCUUACUUCAUAUAGAGAUGAUAAAAAAGAUGGAUUAAAGUUCUAUACUGAUCCCUCUUAUUUUUUUGACCUCUGGAAAGAAAAAAUGUUACAGGAUACAGAAGACAAACGAAAGGAGAAAAGACGGCAAAAGGAGCAAAAACGUAUAGAUGGCACAACCCGUGAGGUGAAAAAAGUUAGAAAAGCAAGGAACAGGCGCCAGGAGUGGAAUAUGAUGGCAUAUGACAAAGAGCUUAGACCAGACAACAGGUUGUCUCAAAAUGUAUACCACGGAGCAUCAUCCGAGGGAUCUCUGUCCCCUGAUACUAGAUCCCAUGCCUCAGACAUUACCAGCUACUCAUAUCCUGCUACUCCAAAUCAUUCCCUCCACCAGCAACCAGUGAUGCCUUCAUACGGAGCAGGAGAUGGACCUCCAUACAUCCUUGCAAAUCAGGGCCCUGAACAAGAAUAUAGGCCACCUUCGACAACAAUGCGGCAUGCUACUUUAAACAGGCCCCAGCAACCGCCGCCACCCCCACCACAGGCCUUGGAUGGACCACAUGGCACUGUACAACUGGUACCAGCAGAUUUUGGGAUGCUUGCAGCUCAGAUGGUGGAUUAUUACAAUCCUUCAGGACCCCCGCCGCCUCCCCCUCCACCCAUGAUUCCUUCUGCACAGACUGCUUUUGUUUGUCCUCUCCAAAUCCCUGUGCUACCUUCCCAUCCUGGACUAGUGACUGGAUCUAUGUAUUCUGCUGCUCUUCAUCCUCCUUCUACUGGGCUUGUUGUUACAGCUCCCCCUCCUCCAGGCCCGCCUCCUCCCCCUCCAGGCCCUCCUGCUGCAGGAUCCUCUCUCUCCUCCUCUCCGAUGCAUGCUUCUGUAGUGGCUGAGACAAAACGACACGAGCCCACACAGUCACCUAUCAGUGACGCUCGAAGCGAUCUUCUGGCUGCUAUUCGGAUGGGAAUUCAGUUGAAAAAAGUACAAGAGCAGCGUGAACAAGAAGCUAAGCGCGAGCCAGUUGGAAAUGAUGUGGCCACCAUUCUUUCUAGGCGGAUUGCUGUGGAGUACAGCGAUUCAGAUGAUGAUUCAGAAUGUGAUGAAAAUGACUGGUCAGAUUGAGACCUGAAGAACACAGUACCAAAGCAAUCUAUGAAUUUUGUUGGAAAAUAAUCCAUGCCAUGUGAGCACCAAUGCAUAUUGGAACAAGUAACCUAAAAUGAUGAUAACCUAGCAACUUGGUCAAACUAUUAUUAUUGUGCAGAUCCAAAAACCUCUCUUCAGUAUUUAAGCAUAAUACACAAGUGUCACUAAUUGUAGCAAAUCAUAUUUUAUCCCAAGAGAAGGCAGUGAUUUUUCUUGACUGUGGCCAUCUGUAACAUUUUGUUUAUAAUUUCCAGUCUCCUUUUGAUACUUUUAAACUGGGACCAUUGUUUCUAUCUUGGAGGUUAGUUUUCUACAUGACAGGGCAAUAUCCCCAGGUUGUAAAAUGUCACCAUGUUUGGUCCACUUUCACAAAAUACAUAAAGCAGACAGCAGCUAAAUGUCUCUCAUUUAAUGUCUCUCCCAUCUUGCAUGUGUGUCUGGAGUGAUUAUUUCCCAUCAACUAAUUAUGUCAUAUCAGAGCCUUCUUGUAGUAGAAACGCAGGUAGUAUUUUGUUCAGGCUGGAGAAAUUUGGUUACAUCAAAUUAAAUAUUGGAAUAUUGAAUUUUCCUCCCCUUUUGUGUGUGGUUUUUUUUUUUUGUAUGAUCAUAUUUGUAAAUCUUUUAACUUACAUCAGGCAUACUGAAGCCUCUGACUGAGUAAAAGCGAAAAUAGAACUUAUUCUUCUUAGAAGAGUUGAGUUUGAAAAGUGAGGUUAUGAGAGUAGUUUGUCCAUUUCAUGCCUGCAUUGUGGGUGACUGGAACAGUUUCUUUCUGGUGCUAGUACUCAAAUACAUCUUCUAAAUAUUGAACUCCUAUUUCAACUCAAGUUGGUCAUAUAGAUAAUUCUCUUAUCCCUGUAUGGUUCAAGUGCUGCAUAUUUUAAGUAGACAGUAAUGCCUGCCUUUGUUGACUUAAGGGUGCACUUGUGUCUUAUUUUUAUUCUUAUGUGCCCUUUCUUUUUUAAAAAAAUUGGCAGUCAUUUCCAUCUUGUUUAGUUUAUACCACAUUCCAUUUAAGAGGAUGUUCAUAUUUUCAGUUACUUUAAAGUUGUUAAUGUUCUAAUGUACUGACAUAUUUUCUUUAUUGGUUAUGAUUUAGGAUACUGUUAUGUGUGGUCAUGUUUCAUAGGAGUGCAAGUUUGGAUGCAAUCUUUUGACAACUGCUGCUACAGAAAUGCCUGUAAUUAAUGAGAUUUGUACAUGGUGUGCUUUGCACCUCACUUUUACAUCUUCAGAGUGGAGGAAAAAUUUAGAAUCCACAUCUGAUGUGUUACGUGCUUUGUUUUUGAACAAGUACAGUAGUGUUUAUUCAUAUCCUCUUGGAACCUUCAUUCCUGGAUCCUACCAAAUGAAAAACCUUGGAGUUUUCUUCAAGAAAGCUUGCUAUUUGUGUUUGUCCCAGAAUGCUCACAAACUGCAUUAUUGGCUACUUGGCCUUAAAUUUGGCCUUGAUAUUAAAAAUUAUCACAUUUGUCCAAUGUGAAGAAAAAGAAAUCUUGUAGCCAGGCUUGCCCAAGGAAUUUUGCUGCCCUAAGCGAGAUUCCCUCCCCCAGCCAGGCUAUGAUGCUGUCAUAAAUUUUGUUUUUCAUUACAAUUUAAUGAGAGUAUUUUAGUCAUUUAAUGUAUAAUGUGAAAUGUAACUGCCUUUUCUCUGUAAGGGGCAUUCAGUCACACAAAUAUCUUCUUUUGGGUUCUGCUACUUUGAGAUCUGAGCAGCACAGUGGCAGACAUCCACACUAAUGCUGUGCUGGCAGCAUUUACCUUUGCAGAGCGGGUAGGCAAUCGCCUCAUGCCCUCUGCAGCUGCCGGUAUCUCCUGAAAACGUUUUCCUGAGCAUUCUACAAAUCUCGGGGAUAAAUGGUUCAGAUGCACAGGCAGCUGCCAAGGAGAGGAGGGGUUGCUGAAAAUCUGCCACCCAUCCCACCCCUGGCUUGUGUGAUUGGUAGCAUUCUUCUGUAAUUAGAUCCAGGUUCAAAUCCCAACUUGGGCAUGAAGCUCACUGGCCUAGUGUGUUUUGGGGUAGUCCUUCUCACUGAGCCUAAACCCUUACAGAGUUGUUGUGAGGAUACAAUGGGGAAGGGACCUUACAUGCUGUCCUGAGUUGCUUGGAAGAAGGGUGAGCUAAAUGCAUAGUAAACACAACAGCAACAAUGAAAGACCUUUCUCAAGCCCUUUGGCUUAAGGACAGCUAGAAAGAUGUCAGUUGGUGGGUAAUGUGGUCUUUUUGUACCUUUAGUCUGAGCUCAGAUAUGUGAGGGCUGACUGUGCUUAUUAGUAGUUCAUGGAAAGGCACAUUAUAUAUGCUCAGAGGCAUUCUUUUCUGAUUACUUUGCACAUUAUGAAAAUUGGUUCCAAGGAUGUGGUCCAUGUGGACCAGUUACAAGGGUUGUAAUGGAGUUGCCAGGGAAAACUUAAAAUAAGCACAACUCCCUGCUCCUGAAAUGUAAUGAAUAAUUUGUGGUGUGUAUCAGCUGGGGUUUCCCCAAGGGCAAACAAUAAGUUGCACACAAUUGUGUGUAACAAAGCUUAAAUAGGUUUGUUUUCUUAAUGAAAUGAAGCCUCGGGAGGUUAUAAUUUGAAUGAUGGGAUGUGUGUGCCUAACCCUUCCCUGACAGUUGUUUUUCUGCUUUCUGCUUUCCUCUGUGAGAUACUUGUUCCCCUGCACGAUUCCAGCCCUUGCAAGCAUACUGCUGGAACACUGGUGGUGAGAAGGAGCAUCUGGAGUGGAUUUCAAGCAGAAAAAAAGCAGCUGAGGAAGUGUUAAGCACUCCCACAACUGCUUCUCUGCUCAGAAUGGCAGCUUCCCAUUACUGUCAGCUUCCUUAUAAACAAGUUCAGUUUGCCUCAUCAGAGCCAGAAACAGCUCAGAGCCAAUGUUUUGUUUUACCAUAAGCACUGGGGUAGAUUAGAACUAGCGGGUUUUCUUGAAGAAGAAAAAUCACAGGCAAUAAAAUACGAUGCCACUCAGUAGUGCCCUGUUCUAACAAGCUGGAGGGGCAGAAAAUGAGUCUUUGCUGCUUGCAUAUUGGUAGCAGCUCUCUCGUUACCUUCUGGCCCCAAUCCGGCUGCAAUUGAGCUGUGCAGGCUGGCCCUUUGUCUGGUAGGAGAGAGAAAUCCCCAGCCAAGCAAAAAGCCAGCCCACAUGUUGCCAUUGCAGCUGGGCCAGGGCCAGAAGGUAGUGAGAGGGUGGCUGCCAAGAGAAAUGAGCAGCUGGGGCACACUUUCUGCCCCUCCAGCUUCUUAGUACAGACCGCUACGAAUGCCACCACCUCACUUGGCUUAUUUGCAAAGCUACAUCCAGUUAAAGCACAACAAAGGUGCUGCAUGCUUCAUACCAGAAGUGUCUUAGAGUCCACAAAAGUGUGUGCCACAACUGGUCUCUUGGUCAUUAGGCUGCCACAGGACGCUGUGUGUGUUCUGUAACAGACUAACAUGGCUCACCUCCUGGAACAACUUGGAUAACUAACUACACUGUGGUGGCUGCCUGCUGAGAAAAGUGCUUGCUUGGCUGUGGGCGGCAGGUUGAGCUGAAACUCUGGUCUGAUUAAACAAGAGAAACAGUAUGAGCCUGCAAAAGUUCCUUUCCCCCACUUAACUACAGUUCCCAGACAAACAAAAAUAGCACCUCUACCCUGCAUGCUGUGCAAAACACCAUGCUAGUCAGUCAGGGCAGCUGCUUCUGCUGAUCUCCCCCUGCACUGUCUCUGGAGCCACCAAGCUAAUGAACAAGGCUUUCAUUUCAAUGUAAGCAGCUUGAAGCUUUGCUUAUCGAGGUCAGUAACUCUGGCUCUCCCAAGCAGGUGCUAGGGCUACUCAUGCACUCACUGCUAAAUGGGGUCAUUAUUUGCUUCAAAUUAUGCAGGUUUUAAAGUUACAGAAGAGCUCUCCAUCAGCCACUUCUUGGUCCUAAAGCUUUUGAAUCUGCGAUUAAGUUACUUUUUGAUUUUUCCUGACAAGUUAUCUAUGUCAGAUUUGCAUAUUCUUUCACAAUUGACCAAAUACAACCUUCUGUUGCCUUGUGCAUUUCAUAGCUUUGUAAUUGACAAUAUAUUUCAUAGAUUACUUUUCCUCAAUAGAUUCCCAUUCAGAUAAAGUACUGUAGUAAGUAACCUGCAAGUAAGGUAGUAGUACCUACAUAAAGCACAGCCUCCAUCUUUAUAUGAAGAGCUUGAGGUCACUCAACACCAACACUCUUGUACUCAUUAUUUGCCUUAAAAUAUGAAGAGAAGCUCUGCUCUUGGCCUUGUAUUGGAAGUGAGGGAGCUUGUAUGCAUUGCUUAUACAGAAAGGAUCUUGAUCUUUUGUGUGUGUCGGAGGUUAGUUCCUCUUUCUACUGUUUUCUCAGAAAUCCACAGUGUUGAAUUUUAGGAAACUAAAAUGGUUACUGGUAAAUCCAGUUGGUUCAAUUUCCAUGUACCAGUACUGUAAUGAGUAUCCAAUACAGGGUUUGCCAGUAGUUAGUAUAGGUGGCCCUCGUUAUUCACAGGGGUUCCAUUCCUGUCAAUUUCUGGAGAUAACGAAACUGCACAAAAAGAGAACUUAACUCUAUGAGGAUUGAGAGGUUAGCUCCCUUGAGCUUAAAAAAACAACUAAAAAAGGGAGGGGGAAAGAAAUAAGGGUAGAAGAGUAUAGUACCUUGGUCUCCAGGAAUGCCCCCCCAGUCCACUUAUUUUUCAUUUUAAAUCUUUUUUUUAAACAAAAAAGAGCCACAAAAUGGGUCCAUGCUUCAAAAUGGCAGCCAAAAAUGAUAGGUGAAAAUUGCCUAUAUUUCAUGCUGCAGAUAAAGAAACUGUCUCUACACCCAUCCAUGGAUACAUGAAACCAUGAUCUGCAAAACCGUGGAUAAUGAGGGUCUCCUGUACUUCUUCCUAUAGUUAAGUAUUGUACUGUUUGGGGGAAACAGUAGAAGUAGCACUUAUGCAUUCAUCACAUGGUGGUGGAAGUCCUCCAUCAUGCAUCACAGUGUUGGUUGUAAGGAUAUGGUUCGCUAUGUUCCUGUGGUUGAACACAUGUAAUGCUGCAAUGCUUCCUGCAUUAGCAUCAGGCCAGGGUGUGAAAUGGUUUUCUCAGAGGGUUUUCUUUUGAUGUGUAUUGAAACAUUGACGUCACAGUUAUUUCCAUUGUAAGAAAUUUGAUAUAUUUUAGGAGCACAGAAAGUAAAUCACAGAAUAUUUGUAUUUUGAAUUAACUGAAUUAAUUUUAGACUACAAGUGAUUUAUAGUUGACAAGAUUGCAUAGUUAGCUGGCCAAUUUUUGAUGGUUUUUCUUAAACAUGAAGGAUUAUGUCAUCUCCUUUCAGUAUUUUAUCAAUUAAAAUGUAAAUUGUUUACUGAUUAAAUUUACUCUUUAGAUAAUUUCCAUUUUUUUUUGUAUAUCUUAUCCUGUAAUAGUUAUGAAUAAAGCUCACUUUUGAACUUUG